AUGAGCACCCCUUUCAAAAGAGCGGUCGCUCGUUCGCUCCUGCAGAGGCAGCCUCAAAACGGCGGAGUCCAUCUUCGCCGCGCACUCGGUAUUCCAGCUCGCAGCUAUGCUAGCUCUCCAUUGACCAACCCAAAACCUCCAAAAUUCGGUCAACCCCAUCAAUCUACCCACCCACACCUCGUCCGUCCCGGCGAGUUGACACCUGGCGUACCAGGAGAGGAAUAUGAGCGAAGAAGGAGAAAGCUCAUGGAAAGUCUUGGGGAGGAUGCCAAAGUGGUUAUUAUGGGUGGAACUGUCAGGCUGAUGUCCCAGAGUAUAUUCUAUCGAUUCAGACAAUCUACCGACAUGUACUACUUGACGGGUUUCCAUGAGCCAGAUGCCACCCUUGUCUUGGAAUCUAAACCUUCCAUACCAAGGGGCUACAAAUACACCCUAUUUGUUCCUCCCAAAGAUGCUCAUGACAGCUUGUGGGAAGGCGAGCGCGCUGGCCUCGAGGGUGCUACCUCAAUCUUUGGCGCUGACGAGGCUCAUCCCAACUCCUCGCUGUCCUCUUUCCUCCCCGGUAUCCUCUCCUCUGGUACAGUCUAUGCCGCCCUUCCACCCUCUCCUUCUCCUUCACCAUCCUCGCAACCAUUCCAGCCCCCUUCCUCCCGGCGUCGAUCUUCCCUCCUCAAACUCUUCUCUCCAACGGCCUCCUCCACCUCUCCCUCAAGCGAGUUCCAAGCAUCCGACCCUCCCCACCUGCUCCUCGCUGGUGCUUUAUCUUCCGGACGAGUUGUGCCUCUGGACAGAUACAUCCAGAAACUCCGCUUAGUCAAGUCCCCAGUAGAGAUUGCCUUGAUGAAGCGAGCUGCAGAGAUCAGCUCGCGGGCGCACGAGAAAGUCAUGAGAGCUGCGAAGGCUGGGGGAAGAGAAGCGGAGCUGGAGGCUGUUUUCGAGUUUGAGUGUGCUAUGAAGGGGAGCGAGAGGCAGGCUUACGUGCCGGUCGUUGCUUCCGGUGCCAAUGCUCUGGUCAUUCAUUACACCAGGAACGACUGCACUCUAGAUGAAAAUGAUAUGGUCUUGAUCGACGCGGGCUGUGAACACCACAUGUACACCUCCGACAUCACCCGCUCUUUCCCUGUCUCUGGCCGUUUCACCGCUCCUCAGCGCGACCUCUACGAAGCCGUGCUCAACGCUCAAAAGGAAUGUAUCAAGAGGUGUCAAGUGUCGGACAGAGUCAACUUGAGCGAACUGCAUAGAGCGAGUUGUGGACUGCUCUUGGAGGAGUUGAGACAAAUUGGAUUCAGGUUGAGUGUGGGAGAUGUGGAACGGACUUUGUAUCCCCACUUCUUGUCGCAUCACCUGGGCUCUGACUUGCACGACUGUCCCACAAGAGAUCGCAACGCCACAUUGGUAGAAGGCAACGUGAUCUCAAUUGAGCCAGGAGUCUAUGUCCCUUACGACAAUCGUUUUCCCAAAGCUUUCCACGGUAUCGGGAUUCGAAUAGAAGAUGAAGUGGCAUUCCAAAAAGAGGGACCUCUGGUCCUGUCCGCGAAUGCGCCGAAGGAGAUUGCCGAUGUCGAGGGAGCCUGUCAGGGACUUUUGGAAUAG